GAAAACGCCGAAUAUUAAACAACGUUUCUGGAGAGUUUUACUCAGGAGAGUUAAGCUGCAUCCUUGGUCCAUCUGGCGCUGGCAAAUCGACACUUCUAAAUAUUUUGUCUGGAUUUACGAAUGAAUUUGAUGGGUGCAUACAUGUGAAUGGAUGUUUACGUGAUGUGAGAUCAUUCAAAAAACUUAGUUGUUAUAUUAUGCAAGAUGAUCUUCUACAACCAAGACUAACUACAUUGGAGUCAAUGUGGAUUGCUUCUGACCUUAAGUUGGGAACAAAUUUUAAAAAAGCAGAUAAAGAGACAAUAGUAACAGAGAUUCUCCAAUAUUUGGGAUUAUGGCAGCACAGACACACGAAAUGUGAGCGGCUGUCUGGAGGUCAAUCUAAACGUCUUUCUAUUGCAUUAGAAUUAGUAAACAAUCCGCCUGUAAUCUUUCUGGAUGAACCAACAACAGGAUUGGAUAUUGUUUCUACCAGGCAAAUAGUUGUUUUACUUCGCUUGUUGUCACGUCAAGGUCGGACUAUUAUAUGUACAGUUCACCAACCAUCUGCUUCUAUGUUUGCAUUUUUCGACAAUGCUUAUAUUGUCGGUAAUGGGAGUUGUUGUUAUCAGGGUUCAACUGCACUACUCGUGCCUUUUCUAGCAGAAAUUGGGUAUGUUUGUCCAACUACGCACAAUCCUGCUGAUUUUGUUAUUGAAGCUAUUGUUGGAGGCACUACUGCAGCGAAGCAAAUGUCGAAUCAUUGUGAAAAUGGAAAAAUAUACAAUGGGAUUCACGUAACGAGUAGGUUACGAAUUGACAAAAUACAAACGGAAAAAAAUUACUUUCCUACCUCUUUUACAACGCAAUUCGUCAUUCUUAUUAAGCGUAUGUACGUUCAAAGUAAACGAAAUUCGAUUAACUUAUUUAUUCAAUUAAUGCAUCAUUUAGUUUGUGCUCUUUCACUUGGAGGAAUAUUUUAUAUGGUUGGAAAUGAAGGAAGUACGCCGAUGUCAAAUUAUAAAUUUUUUCUUAGUGUUUUAGUCUUCUUUGUAUACACUCACAGCAUGACACCUAUUUUACUCUUUCCUAUAGAAGUACGGAUGAUUCGCCGUGAAUACUUUAACCACUGGUAUGGUCUUAAAGCCUUCUAUGCCGCUAGAACAUUUUCUACUAUUCCAAGUUUGAUAUCUUUUGGAAUGCUGUAUGUUAGCAUUGUAUAUGUCUUGUCCGGACAACCGUUAGAAUGGGAUCGUUUUAUUUUAUUUCUCAUUGGUGCACUCUUGACAGGAUUUUGUUCGGAAGGACUUGGUUUGAUUAUCGGUUCUGCAUUCAAUGUCACUAACGGGUCUAUUGUAGGACCAGCAACGAUAUCACCGCUGCUGGUGUUAUGCUGUUAUGGAAUGGGAUUUGGUAGCUUUAUAGAACCACGAAUGAAAGUUCUUAUGUCCAUGUCGUACUUACGAUACGGAUUAACUGCAUUUACGUUACCUAUGUAUCAAAAUCGUACUUUAAUGGAUUGUAACGCCGAGGUUUGUCCCUACGGUGACCCUUCAAUCAUACUUCGAGAUGUUGGCAUGGCAUCAGAUAUAUAUUCGCUUCAAAUAUUUGGACUAAUAGUGUUUACUACAUUGCACAGGUUAAUUGCAUACUUUAUUCUAAGACACCGUUUAACUGGUGAAUAUUCAAAUAAAUUUAUCGCACAAAUAAACAAAUGGGUUAGGUGUUCUUGA